GCGACUAGGCCAAUUAUGGACAUCUUGGCUCUGCUGGACCAGGACAAAGCCCUCCCCUCCCCCGUCCAUGUAGGCACUGCAGACCCCUUAGUCCCACACUGCACCCAGGAGAGAACUGCCGCCACCAUCGCCCAAGCCAUGUCUUCGGUGAGCUCAUCCUCGUCCUCUUCCACCUUCCGCUCAGAGCACAUCAGCACCUACAGUCCUGGGAAGCCUCGCUUUGAACCUCUGCUGGACCCUCCCCAUGGGAUCUUCGGGGCCGGGAGAGCUCGAGAGUCCUACGGGUACUCAGGCUCACCCCCAUCAGCACACCCUUCUGCUCUGGGCAGCAGCAACGUGAUCGCCAGUGGCGACAAGUACCAGGUCAUGGCGGACGUCAGUCAGUUUGAACCUCACGACAUCGUGGUGACCACUUAUAACUAUUGCAUUGUCAUCCAGGCAGAGAAGGUGGCCGAAGACGGCACUGUCUCCAACACUUUCACUCACAAGUGCCAGCUCCCGGCAGACAUGGAUCCUCUGUCCAUCAGCUGCUCCCUGAACGAUUCCGGCAUGUUGGUCAUCACUGCCAGGCGACAACUCCUGGCGCCACCUCCUGUCUUCCGCACAGAGGUCAAGCUUUAACAGCGCAUUUUGUCACAACCUGGGAAGCAGGGAUCCUUCAUAAAACUACCUUGCCUUGGGUAGAUUUGCCUAGUAGCCUUGUUCUUGAAUAGUUUGAGUGGCACUCUGAAUAGCCCAAUGUCCCAUCAUACACUGCUGCUGCAGAACCUUGGAACUUCUGCCUGCAAUGCAUGCUGGGAUCCAUCCCCAUGUGCGUGUCUUUUGCUGCAGGGAUAAAAACUACGACUUAGAACAGUGUGUCUAUACUGAGUCAGACUAUCUCAGUACUGCCAAGUGACAGGCGGAAGCUGCCCAGGAUUUCAGGCACAGGGUUUUCCCCAGCCCUACCUGGAGAUGCCAGGAAUUGAACCUGCUCCCUUCUGCACGUGAGGCAGAUGCUCUACCCCUGAGCUAUGGCCCUUCCUUCCUUGGCACUAGAUGCAAACUAGGACUCUAGGGCCCUGCUGUGGGACUGGGAGACCCCUGAUACAAUUCUGGAAACCACCACAGGAGCAGAAGAAGAGGUCCUUAAUCUUGCUCAAACACCUCCCAUUUUUCCAUCCUUCAAUAAAGAUCACUUCCUGCCGUGCAA